UAUAUACUGGCAUUUACAUUUAUAGUAUGUAACAAUAUUGUGUGUUUGGGUUGCAGGUUUUCAUUUUCAACAAUUGUAUUUGCUCACAGAGAGAAGGUUAUGACAUGUCUUGGUAAACUAAUUUUGAUAAUCUGGUUGUUUGUGGUAUUGAUCUUAAAUUCAAGCUAUACAGCUAGCCUUGCAUCCAUUCUCACUGCCCAGCAACUGUCCCCAACAAUACAAGACAUAGAGACACUGAGAGCCAGCAACGUGCCUAUAGGACAUUUAUUUGGCUCGUUUGUUGAAACUUAUCUGACUGAUGAGCUCAAAAUUGACCAAACAAGACUAAGAUCUCUCGUCAAGCCAGAGGAUUAUGUUAAACUACUUAGAAAUGGGAGCAUUGGAGCCAUAGUCGACGAGAUUCCAUAUAUCAACAUGGUCAUGUCUAAACACUGCGGAGAAUUUGCUAUAGUGGGUCAGCCUUUCUACAGGGGAGGCUUUGGAAUUUUAUUUGCCAAAGGGUCUCCAGUUGUUUCAGAAAUGACAUCUGCAGUGCUUAACUUAACGCAGAAUAAAACUGAAUUAGAGGAGAUUCACAGAAAGUGGUUUGGUCCCCAUUCUCCUUCAUCAUCAUCUUCAUGUGUGGAUGGAGAGGACAAGUAUGGCAGUGGGCAGCUGAGUUUACGGACCUUCUGGGGUUUGUUUGUCAUCGCAACAGCAGCCUAUUGCUUAAUGGUCUCGGCUUAUUUUGGAUUUAAGUUUUAUAAUUACAGACAAAUUAGUACAAGGGUGCAGGAUGUUCAGUCCAUACCUCCAGAUAUUCCAUUGGUUGCCAUUGAGCCAGAACCUUUAAAUUCCAAUCUAUUCACUUCAUCUCCUCCUUUCCCUCAGUUUUUCUCAUCUCAACUAGUUCCCACUUCCCAAAGUGGUGUAUAUAUAGUCAAUCCACGAAGGAGAAGAGCAUUGUCAGCUUAAUUGUAUUGCUUAUUUGAGCUGUGAAUAUGUACGAUGUGAUAACAAUCAUAUUUACUAGAUAAUUCUACGUCAGAAUUUAAACUAAAAAGAUAGUUCUCCUCUUUUGUCUAUAUCUAGGGCGAAUGCAAGUCUGCUAAUGUUUUUCCCUGGUUCUGCAUGUAGAAGCGGCAACAUUGUAUUCCCUCGCCUUUUGCAAUGCUAUUUUCACCGAAAUUUUAUUAUAUGUAGACAGUUUGUGUUCAUCUCGUUUUAGUGCUUGAGAAUAGUUUCUAACAAUAUUCACCAUUUCAAAUUUGUAUAUUUUAUAUCUCCUUCAUUCCACCUCGUAAUGUAGAUUUUCCCAAGGUGAGGAAACAAAAUGAAGGGCUGUACAAGAAACGAGCGAGAGUCAUCAGAUCUUUGCAAUUCAUAAUUGAGAAUCUAUGAAUUCAGAAAUUUUUCCCAUCUCCGAUUUCUUUU